AUGACAGAAUUAUCAAUUGCAAAGGGGGUUGUACAGAAUUAUAGGGUGUGAGACGGUUGUGGUCUUGUGGUUCCUCUCGAAAGAAAGUUGCUUAAAGAAAGGUGAUUAAAAAUGUCGAAACUUAUUGGAGAGAUUGUAGCAAUAACUAAAGUGUUAUCAACAAAAACCAAGCCUGCUAUUAGGAAUCUUGUAUAUUAUGGAAAAGUAGAAUUAGUUCCGCCAAAGAUAUCUGACAUUCCUGCCAUAAGGAAUGGUAUCUCCAAUAUAAUCAGUGCUGCUAAAAAUAAACGAUAUCUUGAUCUCACAGUACGUGAAGCUUGGCUAAAUACAUUAGUUGGAAUUGAAAUUUUAUGUUGGUUCUUCGUAGGAGAAUGUAUUGGAAAACGACAUCUUAUAGGAUAUAACGUAUAAAAAUGUAUUAACAUUCAUAUGGGGAUAUAAUCUCUGUGUAAUAGUUAUUCAAAUAAAUAUAUAUAUAUAUAUAUA